UGGAUGUACUCGUGGAGACGCCAGGCCAAGAGACACAGACAUCUGACUGACUGAAUUAGAGACCAUCACAUGGGGCACUCACACUGACAUCGAGCGAUCGACGUCCAAUAGACAAAUUUAAACACAUGCAUAUGUGUGACGUCUUGGGUCCACUGAUUGACUGACUGACUGUUUGUCUCUUCUCUCUUCGCUCGACCGAUUCAUCCGUCUGGCCAUCCGGCUGUCGGUCACACCCCACCAUGCCGCAAGGGUGGAGGCAAAGGCGGCAAGGGCCUCUCGUUCGACGAGAAGAAGCGCAGACUCACCGACGCCAUGCACAAGAGCAAGUCAUUCUUCACCAUGAAGGAACUCGAGAAGCUCGGUAAGUGAUCACACGCCGCUGCCUAUGGUUGAUUGUGUCUCACUCUGUCUGUGUGCAGCUACUGGUGUCGGGAUUGUGCUUCAGUCGGUCAAGGACGUGGUGAAUGAGCUCGUGGGAGACGGCAUCAUACUCACAGACAAAGUUGGCGCAUCCAACAUCUACUGGUCAGCCAACUCCAUCCAUCAGGCGAAACGCGUGCAUGCAUGUGUCCGUUGUUUGUGUGUCUGUGUGUGGGCUGGUCGCGCAGGGCGUUGCCAUCUGAGCAGAAGAAGGCUCAGGAAAGGCUGCUCACCUCGUUGCGGUGAGGCGGGCGACCUUCGUGUCUCUGUGCAUGAGUGUGUGUCAUCGAGUUGUUGUGUGUCAGUGAGGAGGAGGCUCGUCUGCGUGAUGAGCUCGAGUCGAUGUCGGUCAAGCUGGACGAGGCCCGCAAGAGUGCCGGUGACGCGACAUACAAGGCCAACCUCGACAAAAUGCUCACACUGCAACAGGAGACGGAGGUCACUCACACGCACAAGAGAGAAAGACAAGGAGAGACAUGGUGUUGUGCUGUGUGGCAGGAGUUGGACAAGUCGCUGGCUGCGUUCCGUUCCAACGACCCCCGUGCCAUCCAGCAGAAGCGACAGGAAAUCGACAUGGCCAAACAUGCGGCAGAGAGAUGGUCAGACAUGCACUGAUUUGUCGAGCGACAGGCACGAGCUCCCUAUCUCUCUGUGCGUCCUGUGUGUGUGUGUGGGUAGGACCGACAACAUCAUCACGGCCCGUCGAUGGAUGUCCCGUGAGCAGGGCGCGCCGCUGGAGGAAAUCAACAGGCACUUCGAAAUCCCACCAGAGCUUGACGAAGAAUGAACAAACGAACAAAGAAAUACACGCAUCUGUGACUGGCGGAGAGACACAGAAUGUCUGCGUGCGUACGUCUGGUGUGUG